AUGACCAACCAGAGUUGCCAGGAACACUUCAUCUUGUUGGGUUUCUCAGACAGACCCAGGUUAGAGCAGAUUCUUUUUGUCUUUGUCCUCAUUUUCUACCUUGUGACUUUAGUGGGCAAUAGUGUCAUUAUCUUGGUUUCCUGCCUGGACCCCUGCCUCCAGACACCCAUGUACUUCUUCCUCACUAAUUUAUCCUUCCUGGAUCUCUGCUUUACCACCAGUUCUAUCCCCCAGCUGCUUUUCAACUUAGGCAGCCCAGACAAGACUAUCAGUUACAUGGGUUGUGCCAUACAGCUCUUCAUGUUCCUGGAACUGGGUGGUACAGAAUGUGUUCUUUUGGCAGUCAUGGCUUAUGACCGCUUCACUGCAAUCUGCAAGCCCCUCCACUAUUCCAUCCUCAUGCACCCUCAGCUCUGCUGGACACUGGUGUCUGUGGCCUGGGGAGUUGGGCUUCUCAACUCUCUGGUUAUGUCUCCAGUGACUAUGAAGCUGCCACGAUGUGGGAGAUGCAGGGUGAAACACUUCCUAUGUGAGAUGCCUGCUCUGAUAAAAAUUUCCUGUGUGGAUACAGUGGCUGUGGAGAGCACUGUUUUCAUUUUAUCAGUAAUAAUUGUCCUGGUGCCCCUGUUGUUUAUUCUCAUCUCUUACAGCAACAUUGCCCUAGCUGUACUGAGGAUCAAGUCAGCUGCAGGAAGAAGGAAGGCUUUCAACACAUGUGGGUCCCAUCUCACUGUAGUCUCCUUGUUUUAUGGGAAUAUUAUCUAUAUGUAUAUGCAACCAGGAAAUAAUUCUUCUCAGGACCAAGGGAAAUUCCUUACCCUCUUCUACAACUUGGUGACCCCCAUGUUGAACCCUGUCAUCUACACACUGAGGAAUAGGGAUGUAAAGGGUGCACUGAAGAGGCUUGUGUCUAGAAAGUAA